UGCAAACGCACGCACACACCCACCACGUGUAGGGAAAAAGUGAGAAUGACUUCACGUCUUUUGGAAAUCCGCAACGGAACAGGACUUCUACGAUCUCCUUCAAAAUAUUAAGAGAGCAUGACCUUUUUAUCAGAACAAGACCAGAGUAUCUGACACAAUUGUCUAUGAAAACGUAUGAAACAAAACGAGAACCUUCAGGACAGUUGUAUUGAGAUUAUUUCCGACGACAAGUAUCCUGGAACGUCCACACAAGGUCUAAGAACAUCGGGGAUCUGUCCCAAAAAGCCAAUAGCAGUAGUAGGCCCACAGCUCAGACCAGUCCUACAAACUACGCAAGACGCCGGUACAUCGUCUAACUACGUUGACUACGAUGGUUCAAAUGUUUUGGUUGGUGGUGUCUUUGAAGGAGAAGAAAAUAACUACAUUCGAGAUGUUGGUGCUAACAUAGCCGGAGGUGACUUUGAAGGACAAGAAAAUUUCAGCAUUGGAGACGCACUUCAGGAUUUUUUUUUUUUUUCUUUUCUUUUCUUUCAGCUAAGAGGUAUAAUAUCGAAAACUUUGAGCAUGUCUGCAUCACACUUCAAAACACGUCUGACAGUGAGUAUGUUCAAACCUUGUGUAAUACUCUGAAAUCCUUAAAUUGAUGUGUUAUGGUGAAUAAAGAAUUGUUAAGACAUUGUUACUUUAGAAAUGGCUCAGAAGCGUUCGAGUAAUUCUCCCUCUUCAGAAGCUAAAAAAAUUAGAGUUGAAAAUGAUCCUACAUCGUCACAUGAUUUCUGCUUUGGUGAAACCUUGACUUUUCCUAGUAGUCUGUUACAACAUGACUCGUACACAUCUCUGAACCCUUAUUUAACCGAUGCAAUCAAUGAGUUGAACGAUAGUUUAAGACCAACACUUAGACAUGAUAUUCAGAACCCUAAUCCAGGUACUGAACACAACGUACCCCCGGCGUUGAACGAUAGUUUAAGACCGACACACACACGGUUGCCUCAUCAUGACAUGUUCUUAGAACUAAAUCAGAGUCUGUUAACGUUGCAGAAUAGCCUAAAUGUUCAAGAUCAACCUGUACAGUUAAAUCCAGCUUUGAUAGAAGUGGUGAAUAAUCUGAAUGAUAGUUUUAACUUAUCUAAAAGUGCCGUUAAUGCACUUUGGUAACCGGUCAACAUCAAGGACCUGCAUCUCAAGAAGAUUGGCUUCAGGAUCUUAAUCAAAGUCUUAUUUCGUUAAAUGACAAUAUCAUUAACUUAAUCAACCAACCUGUUAAUGUUCUGCAAAACCCCGAAAUUGGUCAUGAGUUCACCCCUGAAAUGAUAAACGAUACAUCAGUAAACGCAGUAAACGGUGAAAAUAUCCCCUUAGAUCACGUUGACAACGUAGCACCACCUAAUGGUGAAAAUAUCCUCUUAGAUCACGUUGACAACACACCGCCACCUAACAGUGAAAAUAUCCCCUUAGAUCACAUUGACAACACACCGUCACCUAAUGGUGAAAACAAUCAAAUAGGCCAUGGUGUAGAUCUUAAUAUUAGGAUAAUUAAUCGUGACAGCUUCAAUAACACAGAGAUCGUAAGAAGAGUGAAUUUUUCAUCUAUCGCUAAUGUUAACAGUUUUGCUGAAUUUUAUAAUUAUGUUUUAGAGAUUUUAAACAGCGUGGUAGAAGUUGAGAAUGAAAUGAUUUCACCUAAGGAUUAUGUCACUGUUGAAAUUAGAGGUGCUACACUCAAUGUGUCAUCUCACAUUCAACUAGUCAAUGGAGCCAUCGAUUUACAGUCUUUUUUGACCAUGCUCGAAAAUACCAUUCAAAGUAAUCGUGACAUAUUUACGGAUAAUUCGCUUGAACUGGUAGUACAGAUAGUUCGACCACCUCGCGGCGGUACAGGUUGUAGGCGGAAAAUUAUUCAAUAUAUUCAAUUCGGAAGUUGUACAGAAGAAGAUGCGACACUUGUAUAUUUUUUACAAUAAAGACAACAUGUGCUUUGCAUUAUACGUUACACAGCUUUUAAAUCGUGAUAAAAGCGAUUUUCAAAAUGAAAAAAUCGCUAAACAGCUCCAAUACGAUGUAGGUUUAACUGAAAACACACCCGUCACCUUUGCCGAUGUGUGUAAAUUUGAGGCACAUUUACAGUGUAAAAUUGUAAUUGUGUACAAAACUAGCGAUAAAGCAGGAUUCUCUUUCUUUCAAACCAGCGAGAUCCCCCAUGAAAAAACGCUGUACUUGUUUUUGCAUGACAACCACUAUUACGGAGUAAAAAGCAUCACCGGAUUUUUGGGAUGUAGUUUCGUCUGUCGUUUCUGUCACUCAGGGUUUAAGGAUAUGCGGAACCAUCGUUGUGUAUAUAGUUGUAACAUUUGUUGUGCUGUAGACUGCUACAAACACCCUCGAAACAUAACAAAAUGCCCGGAUUGUAUGAGGUUGUGUAGAUCUAAAUAUUGUUUCGAUAGUCACAAAGCGUUGCACCAGUCAGAAGGAGGAGGUGAAUAUUCUCAGUGUAAAAGAGGUUUCUACUGCAGUAACUGUAAUAUGGUGUACCAGGACCCAUUUGGCCUUAAACGUCACGUGUGCCCUGAGAGAUUGUGUAAAUUCUGUGGUGAAAAACUUGAUCCAGAUUAAUGUGAUGUGAACACAGGUGUUUUAUACGGCCGUUAAAGAGGGAAAAGUCUAAUAAGAGAUACAUCUUUUAUGAUUUUGAAACUAGACAGGAAACGGGUACUCAUACAGCUAAUUUCUUAUGCUGUAUGAAUUACCGCGGUCAGACAUGGGUGUUUCCAGGUGACACGUGCAUUGCGGGUUUUUUUUAGACAUUCUCACCGAAGGAGAUUCAGAGGUUAUACCUUUAUCGCGCAUAAUGCUAGAGGGUUCGAUUCAUACCUUUUGCUAAACCAUUUAGUGAAAGAAGGAAUCACACCCAAAAUUAUAGCACAAGGUGGAAAGAUUCUGUGUUUCACCGAUACCGAUUUCAACCAGAAAUACACUGAUAGCCUGUCUUUCUUACCCAUGAAGCUUAGCAAUCUUCCUAAGGCCAUGGGGUUCUCAGAAAAAAGAAAGGAUAUUUUCCUCAUUUCUGGAACACGUUAGAAAAUCAAAACUAUGUAGGACCGUACCCUGACCCCGGUUUUAUGGUGUGGAUAACAUGAUGACUAAAGACAGGGAGGAUUUUUUCAAGUGGUACGCGGCGGUGUCUGACAAAGUUUUUGAUUUCAAGAAAGAGAUGACUGAAUACUGUGUAAAUGAUGUAGAAAUUUUGAGAAAAGGUUGUAUAGCUUUCAGAGAGGAAAUUCGGCAAAGUACAUGGGUGGAUCCUUUUAAAUGUAUUACGAUUGCUUCAGUCUGUCUGAAGAUAUUUAGAACAAAGUUUCUCAAAGAAAACACUCUCGCCAUUCCACCUCUCGAUAAUUACAUCAACAAGCAGAAAUCUUACUCAACACCAGCCAUUCAGUGGCUCGAAUACAUUUCCACCACACAUAACCUACCUAUUCAACAUGCUCUGAACGAAGGUGAAGUUGGGUUCGGUUCAUAUUUCGUUGACGGUUAUUGUGAAGUGGGUCAUACGCGUAAGGCUUUUGAGAUUCUCGGUUGUUUUUAUCACGGUUGUGAAAAGUGUUUUCCCUCAUCAGCGCCGCAUCCUCUUAACAGCAAAGUUAGCUUUGGUGAUGUCAGGGUUAGGUCAUUGGAAAAGAUAAAGUAUUUGCAAGACACGCACAAUUUGCACGUCAAAACGCUCUGGGAGCAUGAGUGGCGUGAAAUGAAGGAAAACGACGAGAGAGUGAUAAACUUUCUAAAAGAGCUUGACUUUCCCAAACGUUUAAACCCUCGAGAUGCCCUUUACGGUGGUCGAACGAAUGCUUUGCAUUUACACUAUGUAGCACAACCCGGUGAGAGAAUAGAUUAUUACGAUUUCACGUCACUUUACCCGUAUGUAAACAAGUCGAAAACAUAUCCUAUCGGUCACCCCACAGUCAUUUUUCGUGACUUUGAACCUCUGGAUAAUUAUUUCGGAAUAGUUCGAGCGAAAGUAUUACCGCCUAGAGGCCUGUGGUCCCCGGUUCUUCCGUACCGUGUAAAUAACAAACUCCUUUUCCCUCUGUACAGAACAUGCUGCGAGCAACAACUAAAGCAUUGCGAUCAUUCAGACCGGGCACGAGCCCUAACGGGAAUGUGGGCCAGUAUAGAGUUAGCAAAAGCUGUUGAGAAAGGUUACCGAGUAUUAAAAAUGUUUGAAGUCUGGCAUUUUCCUGAAAGAUCCAAAAACCUCUUUACAGACUACAUUAAAAUGUUUCUCAAGACAAAACAGGAAAGUUCAGGGUAUCCGUCCUGGGUAGUCGAUGAAUCCACAAAACGUGAAUACAUUCAAAAUUACGAGCGUAAUGAGGGAAUUAAAUUGGAAGAAAAAAACAUUAACGUAAGCCCUGCCAAAAGAUCUGUGGCUAAACUAGCUCUGAAUUCAUUGUGGGGCAAGAUGUGCCAAAGACCGGACAGAUCAAACACAACUCUGAUCAGAGAUCCUGCAGAAUUUUUAAACUUUAUAUUCUCAGGCGUUUACAAUGUUAGUCACUUCUCUUUUUUGUCUGAUGAGGUCGCUCUUGUGCAGUGGCGUUACAUGAAAAAUAGCAUGAUUAUACUGGGGAAUGCUAAUGUGUUCAUAGGUAUUUUCACCACAGCGUAUGCUAGACUUGAACUGUACAACCUGAUGGAUCGUUUGAACCGCCGUUGUUUGUACACCGACACCGACAGCGUCAUUUUUAAAAGUAAAGAAGGGGAUUGGAUGCCGCCUUUGAGCGAUUAUUUGGGGGGUCUUACCAGCGAGCUAGACGACGGUGAUCAAAUAGUAGAGUUCGUAAGCGCUGGACCUAAAACCUACGGUUACAAAACUAAAAAAGGAAAGACAUUGAUGAAGGCUAAGGGCAUUACUCAAAAUUACACCAAUUCCAAAGUUAUCAAUUUGAAAUCAUUGACGGAUCUGGUGAUCGAUCAUGUGAAAUACCCCGAUAAACCCAGUCAACUUAUAACGUCACACAAACAAAUCACUAGAGAUAAAAAAGAAACCAGACACAGGAAAAAAGGUUCAGGGUUGUGUACAAUAAACGUGUGUUAUUUCCUGAUUUCACAACUCUACCUUACGGGUAUUGAUACCUAUACUGUUGUAUUUUUAUGUAUAUAUGUAUGUAUGAAUGUCUGUAUGUUGUUCAUUUGAUUGUUGUCGCUGUACGGUUGUGAACACUUGCCAAGGAAAAUAUGAAUGUGACUUCUUUUGACGCGAGGCUGCAACUACCCUUUUCAUGUAUUGUGUGUGGACCUAGUAAUAGUGGGAAAUCUUAUUUUAUCAAAAUGCUGCUGGAAAAUUGUAAAGAGGUUUUGUCCAAAGUUCCUGAAAAUAUUGUAUGGAUUUAUUCAUGUUGGCAACCUUUGUACGAUGGUUUGAUGACCAAAAUAAACAUCAAUUUUAUUCAA